AAAGAGCCAGAGAUGCGCUGCGCCACCUACGGCUUAACACCGUCAAGAAUCGACCUCCCAACAAUCUCCCUUCUUCGCCCUCCUUCCAGCUCCUAGUUCCAACCCGACCCGUUUCCGAAGCCCCGGAUCGCCGCAUCCAUCAGAGUCCAAUCCAAGCCGUCUUCCUUCUACGACCUCCUCGGAAUUCCCGAGACGGGAUCUAUCUCCGACGUCAAGCACGCGUACAAGCAGCUGGCCCGGAAGUAUCACCCGGAUGUCUCGCCGCCGGACCGGGUCGACGACCACACCCGGAGAUUCAUUCGGGUCCAGGAGGCCUACGAGACGCUGUCGGAUCCCUCGAGGAGAGCACUGUAUGAUAGAGAUAUGGCCAAAGGUCUCAACUUCGCCCUCUCUGCUCGUCGGCGUUACUGUGGAGUCCAGGCAAUGGAAGAAAAAAGUGAGUGGAAAAAUAGGUGGCAGUCCCAGCUUUCAGAACUAAAGAGAAGAAGCAUGUGUAAAGACGACUCUAAUGGAUCUUGGGGAGCAACAAUGCGCAGCCAAAGGCGUGAAGCAUCAUCACCUUCCCAAUCUUAAAUUUAAGUUUAUGUUUAGUGAAUUGAGUAGUGUGAUUAUGUGAAUACUCUAUACAACAAGAACGAUAACAGGCCUAUUUUCAAAUAAUUUAAUAAAACAAUAACACUAAAAUCCCACAAGACCAAGUUUCUUAAUACCAACUUUACCCAUACGAGGAUGUAGAGAGGCUGUUCCUAAAAGACCUUGACUAAAAAUACAUUUUGUAUGUGUAUAUUCUAGAUGCUUUGUAUUUAAUUGAUUAAAAACAAAGUUGUGUC